AUCUGCUGAUCAAUUUUGACGUUUUGUGGUAACUUUUUGACAAAAAUCUACUAACACAAGUUUACAAUGGGUAAUGAAAGCUCGUUGCCUAUGGAACUAUGUUCUAAUUUUGAUGUUGAUGAAAUUAGAAGACUGGGAAAACGAUUUCGGAAGUUAGAUUUGGAUAACAGUGGUGCUUUAAGUAUUGAUGAAUUUAUGUCAUUGCCAGAAUUACAACAAAAUCCUCUAGUACAACGUGUUAUAGAUAUAUUUGAUGCUGAUGGUAACGGAGAAGUAGAUUUUAAAGAAUUUAUUCAUGGUGUUUCUCAGUUUAGUGUUAAGGGUGAUAAAGAAAGCAAAUUAAGAUUUGCCUUUAGAAUUUAUGAUAUGGAUAAUGAUGGUUUCAUAAGCAAUGGAGAAUUGUUCCAAGUAUUGAAAAUGAUGGUAGGCAAUAAUUUGAAAGAUACACAGCUUCAACAAAUUGUUGAUAAAACCAUAUUAUUUGCUGAUAAAGAUGAAGAUGGCAAAAUUAGUUUUGAGGAAUUCUGUUCCGUUGUUGGUAAUACAGAUAUUCAUAAGAAGAUGGUAGUUGAUGUUUAA